UGGUUUAUUUUUCGUGGUUCGUUGUACCUUGUCUUUCUCUGUGCCCAAAGCCCUUUAGGCUUUAGUCCACAGACCAUAGUCCCACUUCACAACUAAGUAAUGACUCUAUGCGUUUUGACUGUGACUUUUUAUAAAAUCUAGUCUGCCUAGUUUUUAGAUAAUUGUUAUUGUGUGCGCGAUGCGGUCUAGCAGAUAGUACGUGUUGAUGUACUCUCCGAAUACGCUUUAUCAGUAUGCACAUUAAAUUUACGUUGCACGGCACGUUUAAAAUAUCGUUUAUACUUAAGUUACACUUGUAGUUAUUGUACCUAGUUUUAAUUUAAAUGCUAACAGGUCGUUGGGUAAUAUGAUGUUAUUAAAUAUAAUAUUACAAUUUAGUUAGUUAAAAGUCUAAUCAUACAAUGAGAAAUAGAAGCAGAGUUACAAGCCAGUCUGAUCAAUCAGAUGAUGAUAAAAUUUUUACUCCAGUUGUUCAUACUAGAUCUAAAUAUGCAUCUCUUCACCAUAAUUUAGAAAACAGCCACAGUCAUGAUGCUGAUGAAUCUCACAAUAUUGAAGGAACAAGAAGAAGUACAAGGAAAAGAAAAUUGAAGUAUGAAAAUUAUAGUGACACUUGGAUUGUUGGUUCCCAAGCACUCAAAGGAUAUCCUAACAUGAUGAACAAAGAAGAUGUUCCCAGAAGAAUGACUAGGAAUUUAAGACAUCAAGUUAAUCAGAUGAUUGAAGACGACGAAGAAGAAGAAGAUGAUGAUGAUGUAGAUGAUGUAGAUGUCGAUCAAAAAGAAGAUGAAGAAGAAACAAACGAAAAUUCUGAAACCUUACAUAGCAUUAAUAAUACAAAAGAAGAUAAAAUUAAUGAUUUAACAAAUAACACUGUCAGUGAUAACCGUCCAAGAACAAGAAGAGCUGUAGCUGAAGCAAGUGAUAAAUCGAAUGAUCAUACAAAUGAACAGUGUAAUGAUGAAAUGUACACGCGUAUAAAACGUACAAGUAGACAAGCUUCCCAAAAUCAAAAUAAACCUAACGACGCUGAGCAAAGCAGUAAUGAAUCAAUAAGUUCUGAAGAUAAUUUAAGUAAAAUUGAAGACUAUUUAACUUCAAUAAAUAAAAUAAAUGUACAAAAUAAACGAAGAACAAUAAGGUUGAGGCAAUGCAGUAUUAGGCCAUCUAAUCGGCAACGAUACUAUAGAUAUAGUUUACGUAAAGUUAAGCCAACUGUACAAAGAUUUCAAAUACAUUCAGAAAAAAAUACAAGAGCUGCGAAAACUCCAUCAAAAAUGGUAAAUGGUCCACGAAAACGUCGUGUUUCUUCGUCCUCUGAAUCGACAAACACAUCUGAGAUGUCCGACAAUGACUUAGAGACCUCGGUUAACCAAACACAAGUUAUCAAAAAACCCAAGGGCAAAGGGCAUAGUACAAGAGAUGACAAAAAUAACAAAAAAUCAUCUCUCGAAGAUAUUAAACCUAUUGUUGUCGAUAGUGGUAUCGGAUUUCACAAUAUUGGUGGUUUGCAAGAACACAUAGAUUGUCUACGUGAAAUGGUUGUUUUUCCAAUUAUUUAUAAAGACGUGUUUGAGUUAUUUGAGCAGCAACCAGCUAAGGGUGUAAUAUUUCACGGACCACCCGGAACUGGAAAAACGUUACUUGCAAGAGCUUUAGCUAAUGAAUGCAGUAAAGGUGGUCAAAAAGUAUCAUUCUUUGUACGGAAAAGUGCAGAUGUUUUAUGCAAAUGGGUUGGGGAAUCUGAAAGACAACUGAGACUUCUCUUUCAAAAAGCUAAAGAUAUGAAGCCUUCUAUUAUAUUUUUUGAUGAACUCGACGGAUUGGUCCCGGUUCGCUCUGGAAAACAAGAUCAAGUCCAUAAUAGUAUAGUAACAACUAUGCUGGCCAUGAUGGAUGGUUUAGAAACUCGAGGUGAUGUGAUUGUAAUUGGUGCUACAAAUCGUAUCGACUCGAUCGAUCCAGCUCUUCGGAGGCCCGGUCGAUUUGAUAAAGAAUUGUAUUUCCCCCUCCCUACAGACAAAGAUAGAUUAGAUAUACUACGUAUUAUAAUUAGUAAAUGGAAGUGUCCCCCGGAUGAUAAAAUCUUGAGACGGUUAGCUGAAGAAACAGUUAGCUACACUGGUGCAGAUUUAAAUUCUUUGUGUUCUGAAUCGGUACUACAAGCUUUAAAUCGUACAUAUCCACAGAUUUACAAAACAUCCAAACGUCUACUUCUAGACAAUACAAAAAUUCAAGUAACAAUUGAAGACUUUGAAAAAGCGUUAAGUAAAAUUGUACCAACUACUGAACGUAAUAUUGUACUUAAUCCUAAAAAGCUGCCAAGUAUAUAUCAUUCAUUGUAUCAGGAACCGCUUCAAGGCUUAGUUUCUUUCAUGAACCAAAUAUUUCCUGAAAUUACUUCACAUUCUAACCAAAGACUGAGAGUGUCAAAAGCUCCUCGCAUUCUUGUACAUAGCCUAUCAAACUCUAAAAAUGUUCUUGUCAUCCCAGCAGUAUUACAACAUUUUGAGAAUUGUUAUAGACAUACCUUAAGUUGUGUUACUUUGUACAGCAAUACGUCUAGUUCACCCGAAGAGGCUAUUGUACAGAUUUUCAAAGAACUUCCAAAACAUCUUCCAGCAAUUCUGUUCAUUCCGAAUAUUGGAGAAUUGUGGGAGAGUUUAAGUGAAUCUUUGCAAAAGUUAUUUUUCGAGUUAUUAGAUUCACUGGACAUAACUCUGCCUGUAUUAAUAUUUGCCACGUCGUUGUACACUUACAAAGACUUACCAAAAAUGAUAUUUGAUGUGUUUGUUGGUGAAAAACGAAAAUAUGUGAUUCCUAAUCCACCAAUCGAAUCUAUAAAUUCCUUGUACUCUGAACUGAUGGAUAAGGCUUUUAAACCACCUAAAACAGUUGAACCUGAAACUUUGGAAGACCUACCUUUAGCUCCUACACCUAGUCCACCUAAGUUAAGCGAAACCGAAUUGAAAGGUAUUAUAUGUCAAGAGGAAAAUACACUACGCGAACUUAGAAUAUUUUUACGUGAUAUUUGUGCAAAACUAGCUCGUAACAAACAGUUUUUUAUGUUUACAAAACCAGUCGAUAUCGAAGAAGUACCAGAUUAUUUAGAAAUUAUUAAAGAACCGAUGGACUUGGAAACUGUAAUGAGCAAAAUAGAUAAACAUUGCUACAUUUGUGCCAGAGAUUUUUUAGAUGAUAUUGAUCUAAUUGUUAGAAAUGCUUUGGAAUAUAAUCCGGAUAAAAGUGCUGAAGACAAGCACAUUAGGCAUAGAGCAUGCUCGUUACGGGACAAGGCAUAUGCGUUUAUAAAAGCUGAAAUGGAUUCCGAUUUUGAAGAAUCAUGUCGCGAUAUACGAGAACAGCGAAAAAAACGUAAUGCUACCGAAAUUGAACAAACGUGUGUUCCAGACUUUGUACAUACUGUUAAAAAAGAACCGACAUCCGAUAAAUAUAAUAAUCAAAUUCUAAAUGAAGAAAAUAACAGUAGAAAGAGAAAACGGCGCAACAAGUGGCAAAAUGGAUUAACUCCGAGAAAAAAAAGAAAUUCGAAAAGUUCUAAAGAUAAUGCUACGGCAAAUUCGAGUAAUCCAACAGUGAAUGGAUAUGAAUCUAAUGAAAGCAGUAAUGAGAGCAACCGUUCAAUGUUAUCGGAAGAAAGAUCUAACAGUAUUAGUCCUAUUCCAAAUGAAUUAAAUAAUAUAGAUUUGUCUCCAAAAAUUGUUCACCAAGAAUUCAAAAUUGACAAAACUGUAUACCAUAGUUUUGUUAACAAUAUAGUGACAUACUGGAACGGGAGAAAUUACUAUAAUGUAGAUGACGGUAUAAUUGAUUUGUAUUCAUUACUUGACAAUAAAAUUAUAAAGUACACGGAUAAAUGGGACCGAACUACAUUAAUUACAGAACUGAUAGUGGAGUUUGAUGAUUUUAAAAUUCGUUAUAUUAAAGAACUUCAAGAAGAAGAAAAAGAAUAAUUUUGUUUUACUAUGUAGAUUUUGUUAUAUUGUAUUGUAACUUUCCAUGUCUUAUAAUUAAUUAACUCAGUAUCACGUGGACAUAAUAGUGUGCGCAUUCAAAUAUUGUAAAAUAAUACAACUAUAAAAAAAUAUUUAGUUUUGUACUGCCAUUUUAUUUAAAAUAAAUAAUAACAUUUUAAUUUUA